CGUGGACGCCCUCUUUUGAGGGCCGGCGGCCUAUUUUUGUCCCGCCGCCGAGAUCGUCCGCACAGGUGGGUACGUACUACGUCGGAUGAGAUUCGCUAUGAACUGGUCUCGUAUCUCUGGCGUCAACUGAGACGGGGGUGUCCGUUGCAAACAAUGGGUCUGUAUGUGUGGUUCGUUGUGGUGGCAUUGGCGUGGAAUGCAGCCGAAACUGAAGGCAGCAGCAGCAAGGUGGCGAAAGCGAGCAAUGCGUUCGGGUUCUCCUUGUUCCAAUCGGUGCAGCGGUCCGAGGACAACCUGCUCUUCUCCCCCUGGAGUCUGUCCACCGUCCUCUCUAUGGUGUACCUGGGCGCCAGAAACAAGACGGCCGCGCAGUUGGCUCAGGCUCUGCAAUUGAACCAUUUCUUUGGCGACGAGGACGGUGUCUUCAACGCUUACCGCGACGAAGCGGAGCUGCUGCGCGGCAACAACGUCCAGGACGAUUUCCUCUCGUCCACCAUAACCCUCACUCGGUCGGGAGACAAAAUAGCCCGCUCUUACCUGAGCAACCUGGAAAAAUAUUUCAGCAGCGGCGUCUUUCACGUGGAUUUCUCCGAGGGCGACAAGGUGCUUCGACUGGUCAACAGUCAAGUGAGCAAGUUCACCAAGGGGAAGAUUCCCCAGAUGCUGCACAAGUCCCCGGAUCCGCUCACGACGCUUUUGCUUCUCAACUCCGUCUACUUUAAGGGCGUGUGGGAGAAGUCGUUCAACGACACCGCGCCUGCCGUCUUCUACGGGGCCAAGAACGAAACCACAGUCGACAUGAUGCACCUCAAGAGUGACUUCAACUUCGCCUACGACCGGGCGAGCGGAUCUUACGUGCUUCAGAUCCCUUACUCGGGCAGCCAGAUCAGUUUCAUCAUUGUGCUGCCGGCCAAGAACGAGAGGAACCUCGAACGACUGCAGUUGAGUGCGGAAUUCCUGGACACCAUGUGCGAACGUCUGGAGCCUCGGUCUUUCGAACUGUCCCUCCCGCGCUUCGCAGUGCAAUCCCAAAUGGACCUGAAAGGCGCGCUCAAGACGAUGGGCGUCAAGAGCCUCUUCUCGGCUGCCGAGGCAGAUCUGACGGGCAUGAGCAAAGACGGCGGGCUCUUCGUGGAAGACGUGCACCACCGUGCCAGCAUGGAGGUCAACGAGCACGGCACCGAGGCGACCGCGUCCACCGCUGCGGUGAUCGUGAGCAGGAUCGGUACCCCUCGACUCGCCAUCGACCGGCCCUUCUUUUUUGCCAUUCGCCACAUGCCCACGGGACUGAACCUUUUCAUGGGACGUGUGCUUAACCUGUGAUACGUUGCUGUGCCCCCUUGCACGCGGCUGCUAAGUAGAACGGCGAGAAGGAAAGCCCGCGCUUGUACAUAAUAAAAGAAGUGUCGCGUGCUCUUCCGGCGGACUUCGAGCGGACUUGACGCCUGGGGAAGCGCGAGUGGUGUUUGCCCUAGCACGAUGUCCACUGGCGACCUUUUCCUUGUCAGUACAAUCAGCUGUUAUCUUGUUAGCCUAUUUUGCGUGCCCGUUAAGACAAGCGAUGCAUGGACUAUAUGAGCUAUGCUCCGUGUGGAACAUAUUCCAUCCGCUUUUCUGCAGCGGAGGCCGUAUAUAUUGUCGGCGAUGAACGGGACAUCUACCCCGACUCAAAUUGUUGUCCAUUCAAUAAAAUGUAUUGUGCAGCUGUA